AUGUCGGGUAGUGGGGCGCCCCAACCGCCUCCGACGGAGGCCGAUUCGCCCGCCGUGAAGGGCGAUUCUCCCGCCAACGACAGCUCAGAUGUGCGCCAGCUGCUGGGGAUCAAGGGCGCGUCCGAGUCGACGUCCAAGUGGCGCAUUCGCUUGCAGCUCAUGAAGCCCGUCACGUGGGUACCGCUUAUCUGGGGCGUCACGUGCGGCGCAGCCGCGUCAGGCAAUUUUCACUGGAACGACCCUGUCGAUAUCGAAAAGUCUCUGGCUUGUAUGUUUUUGGCGGGGCCGCUGCUCACGGGUUACACGCAAGUCAUCAAUGACUGGUAUGACCGCGAGAUUGAUGCCAUCAACGAGCCGUACCGCCCGAUUCCGGCGGGUCUUGUCACGGAGAAUGAAGUCAAGACCCAGAUCGGAGUGCUCUUGGCGGCGGGCUUGGCGCUCGCAGCCGGCUUGGAUGUGUGGGCGGCGCAUGAGUGGCCUGUUAACUUUACCCUCACUGUAUUCGGCGUCUUUGUCGCCUAUAUUUAUUCUGCUCCGCCCUUGAAGCUCAAACAAAAUGGGUGGACGGGGAGUUACGCCUUAGGCGCGAGUUAUAUUUCACUCCCGUGGUGGGCAGGGCAGGCCCUCUUUGGUACCUUAGAUUGGAAGACCAUGGUUCUCACCUUGUUUUACUCGUUUGCGGGACUGGGCAUUGCCAUCAUCAAUGACUUUAAGAGCGUCGAGGGGGACCGUGCGACGGGGAUGCAGAGCCUGCCGGUCAUGUUUGGCAUUGACACGGCCAAGUGGAUUUGCGUGGGAAUGAUUGACAUUUUCCAGUUGCUUGUAGCCGGGAUUUUGUUUGGCGUUGGGGAGAAGGGGUACGCCGCCGCAAUUGUGGCACUCGUCGCCCCGCAAAUGUUUUUGCAGCAGAAGUACUUUUUGAAGGAUCCCGUCAAGUAUGACGUCAAGUAUCAGGCGAGUGCUCAGCCCUUCUUGGUCAUUGGCAUUCUUGUAGCCGGGCUCGCUGUCGGACACCACGGUCCACUGUGA